GUGGUUGUUCCUUCCUUUUGGAUCCGAUUCUAUCUCCACCUUCAAGCAAUAUUCGACUCGGUACUCUCUCUCUCUCUCUUCUUCUUAUUGCAAAAAGAUUCUCUUUUUAUCAGUUUUGUGGAUGAGAUUCUGGAUAAAACAAUCAUCUUUUUCUCAAAAAUCUCUGCUUAAGAACUGGGAUUCUUAAAAGCUCUUGUCUUGGUCUGAUUCUUCUGAUUUCCCUCAAUGUCUCUCUCAUUCUUCUCCAGAGCUAUAAAGUCGAUUCCUUUACCACCCUUGUGAAGAAUUUGGUCGAAAGUUUUGGCCUUUAGCACCCAAAUUCAGAGGUCCAAAUCUGUGGUUGUGUACAAUUUUCAAUCCUGGCGAUAACUGAAUUGAAAAGGGUUCCAAAAGGUCCAUCACCUGAAAACAAUAGUUUUGAUUGUGUUGGUGGUUUGGAGUGCUUGAUAAGCUUAAUCAGGGCCCUUGAUAUGGGGUCCUGCUUAUCAUCAUCUGGAGGAGGAAGUAGGAGAUCUCUUCAUGGUUCUCCUCAUGUUCCUGGACCUGGUAGGAGGAAGAGGCCUCCCAAGAGGAGACCCGGGUCUUGUAGUUCUUCCUUCGAUAACACGGAUGAGCCACUUCUUCAUAGGAUCCCUGGAAGGAUGUUCUUGAAUGGCUCUACCGACACCGCCUCUCUCUUCUCUCAACAGGGCAAGAAAGGACCUAAUCAGGACGCCAUGAUUGUCUGGGAGAAUUUUGGGUCUGUGGCGGACACCGUUUUUUGUGGUGUUUUUGAUGGCCAUGGUCCGUAUGGUCACAUUGUCGCAAAGAGAGUGAGGGAUUUGCUUCCACUCAAGUUAGGUUCUCACUUGGAGUCUUAUGUGUCCCCUGAGGAGGUUCUUAAAGAGAUCAGCCUCAACACUGGUGAUAGAAAGAUCUCAGAAGACCUUGUACAUAUAUCUGCCAAUGGAGAAUCACGAGUCUACAAUAAGGAUUACGUAAAGGAUCAGGAUAUGAUUCAAAACUUAAUAGGCUCGAUUGUUAAAGCCUAUACAUUCAUGGAUAAGGAGUUGAAGAUGCAAGUGGAUGUUGAUUGUUUUUGCAGUGGAACAACUGCAGUUACUAUGGUCAAGCAGGGUCAACAUCUUGUUAUCGGUAAUAUUGGGGAUUCUAGAGCAGUAUUGGGUAUGAGGAACAAAGACAAUAAACUUGUUCCUUUUCAAUUAACUGAAGAUCUCAAACCAGAUGUUCCAGCGGAAGCAGAAAGGAUAAAGAGAUGCAGAGGACGUAUAUUUGCUCUUCGAGAUGAACCAGGAGUUGCCCGUCUGUGGCUUCCUAACCACAACUCACCUGGUUUAGCCAUGGCACGUGCUUUUGGAGAUUUUUGCCUCAAAGACUUCGGUCUCAUUUCUGUACCUGACGUGUCCUACCGACGCCUCUCUGAGAAGGAUGAAUUUGUUGUCUUGGCAACUGAUGGGAUUUGGGAUGUAUUGACGAAUGAAGAGGUAGUAGAGAUAGUAGCCAAAGCCCCAACACGUUCCUCAGCAGGUCGAGCCUUGGUGGAGGCUGCAGUGCGGAAUUGGAGAUGGAAGUUCCCAACUUCAAAAGUCGAUGACUGUGCCGUAGUUUGCCUCUUCCUUGACUCUGAACCGAACAGAUUGUCAACUGCUUCUUUCUCAAAGGAAAAACACAUCAACAAUGGCCUUACUGAACCAGAACCAGACACAGCAUCAUCAUCAACUCCAGACUCAGGAACCGAAUCGCCUGAGCUCAAAGGAGUCAACAGAAUCGACACACUUGUGAAUCUCCCAGUAUAUGUCCCAACCAAAGAGUAGGAAACAUAGAACAGAUGCAGGAGCUCAUUGUCUCCUAUGCUCAAUGUUUCUGUCAACAGUUACUGUUUUGGUCAUUUUUUUUUUUUUUCCUCACUGUUUUGGUCAUUUACCUCGGGUAAAUUACUGUUACACGCCCGCUUGUGUGUGGCUGAUUGUAUAUAUCUUUUCUUCCAAAUCAUUGUAAUACUUUUUCUACUCUCUCUUUUCAUUUGUUAAUAAAUUUCUGAAGCUGCAAUUGGUUUUUUCA